CGGGCGGGCGGGCGGCGCCAUGAACAGCGGCGGCGCCGGCAUCACCUACGCCAGCCGCAAGCGGCGGAAGCCCGUGCAGAAAACUGUAAAGCCAAUCCCAGCUGAAGGAAUCAAGUCAAAUCCUUCCAAGAGACAUAGAGAUCGACUUAAUACAGAGUUGGACCGUUUGGCUAGUCUGCUGCCUUUUCCACAAGAUGUUAUUAAUAAACUGGACAAACUUUCAGUUCUUAGGCUCAGUGUCAGUUACCUAAGAGCCAAAAGUUUCUUUGACGUUGCAUUAAAAUCCUCCCCUGCCAACAGAAAUGGAGGCCAGGAUAACUGUGGAGCACAGUUCAGAGAUCCCCUCGACUUACAAGAAGGAGAACUUUUAUUACAGGCUCUGAAUGGCUUUGUAUUGGCUGUCACUACAGAUGCUUUGGUCUUUUAUGUGUCUUCAACUAUACAGGAUUACCUGGGAUUUCAGCAAUCUGAUGUCAUACAUCAGAGUGUGUAUGAACUUAUCCAUACUGAAGAUCGAGCUGAAUUUCAACGGCAGCUCCAUUGGGCAUUCAACCCUUCACAGAAUUCAGACUCUGGUCAAGCAAUUCCUGAACCUCAUGGCCUCCCACAGCCAGGAGUCUCUUAUACCUCAGAGCAGCUUCCUCCAGAAAACUCUUCUUUCAUGGAGAGGUGCUUCAUUUGCCGACUAAGGUGCUUGCUGGAUAAUUCGUCUGGAUUUCUGGCAAUGAAUUUUCAAGGAAGAUUAAAAUAUCUUCAUGGACAGAACAAGAAAGGGAAAGAUGGGAUGCUACUUCCUCCUCAGCUGGCCCUAUUUGCUAUAGCUACUCCACUUCAGUCACCAUCCAUACUUGAAAUUCGAACCAAAAAUUUCAUUUUUAGAACCAAACACAAACUGGAUUUUACACCUAUUGGUUGCGAUGCCAAAGGGCAGAUUGUUUUAGGAUACACUGAAGCGGAACUGUGCACCAGAGGGUCAGGAUAUCAGUUUGUUCAUGCUGCAGAUAUGCUUUAUUGUGCUGAAUUCCACCUCCGGAUGAUGAAGACUGGAGAAAGUGGCAUGACAGUGUUCAGGCUUCUUGCAAAGCACAACCGGUGGACCUGGCUGCAGUCGAACGCACGUGUGGUCUAUAAAAAUGGAAGACCGGAUUACAUCAUUGCAACUCAGCGAGCUCUAACAGAUGAAGAAGGAAGAGAGCAUUUACGGAAGCGCAGCAUGACGCUGCCUUUUAUGUUCACCACCGGAGAAGCUGUGUUGUAUGAGGCGAGCAGCCCUUUUCCUCCCGUGAUGGAUCCCUUACCAAUACGGACUCGAAGCACCGCUGGUGGGCAAAACUCCGCUACCAAAGCUCUGGAGGACGCAGAUUCUCUCCACCCCAGUUCCCUCUUGGCGGCCAUAAUGCAGCAGGAUGAGUCUAUUUAUCAUUACCCUGCUUCAAGUGCUGUCCCUUUUGACACAAAUUUUUUUAACGAUUCUAUGAUUGAGUGCAGUAAUUGGCAAGACAGUAUUCUCCCAGUGGGAAAUGACAGUAUCCUGAAACAUCAGCCAAUUGGACAGACCCAGGAGAUGAACCCAGUGCUUUCUGGAGAUCAUGCAGGACCUUUUCUAGAUAAUAGAAAUAAUGAAUUAUACAGCAUUAUGAAAAACCUAGGCAUUGAUUUCGAAGAUAUCAAGCACAUGCAGAAUGAGGAAUUUUUUAGGACUGAUGUUUCUGGUGAGGUCGACUUCAGAGACAUAGAUAUAAGGGAUGAAAUACUGACAUAUGUCCAAGAUUCUUUAAGUAAGUCUCCAUUCCUGAGUGCAGAGCACCAGCAGCAACAGGCUGUCCCUCUUAAUGCAAGCUGUAUGGUACAAGAACGUCUUGAGUUAGAGCAGCAGCAGCAGCUGCAGCACCACGAAAAACAAAUAGUUGUGGAGCCACAACAAUUGUGUCAGAAAAUGAAACAUAUGCAAGUUAAUGGCCUGCCUGCAGACUGGAGCUCUAACUCAUCUGUGCCUUUCGGUUGUCCUCAGCAAGACCUCCAGCAGUAUAACAUGUUUCCAGAUGUACAUGGGGCGAAUCCAGAGUUUCCCUACAAAGCUGAGCUAGAGACUCUGCCUUACGUGCAGAACUUCACUCCCUGUGAGCAGUCUCUAUUACCCCAGCAUUCCAAGUGUACGCAAAUGGGGUUUCCCAUCGGGGAUUUUGAACCAUCCGUUUAUCCUACAGCUUCUAAUUUAGAAGAUUUUUCCAGUUGUUUACAAGCUCCUGAGAACCAAAGGCACGGAGUAAAUCCACAGUCCACCGUAGUGACUCCCCAGUCGUGUUUUGCCAGGGCCAUGUCAGCAUAUCAGUGCCAACCAGAACCUUCACGCAGCCACGUGGGUCAGAUGCAGUAUAGUGCGGCAGUUCCGGGCCCGCAGGCCUUUCUAAACAAGUUUCAAAGUGGAGGAGUUUUGAAUGAUGCAUACCCUGCUGAGGUAAAUACCCUAAGUAGCGCUCAGGCUGCCAUGCAUCUGUUUCAUCACCCGGCAGAAGCCAGACCUUUCCCUGACUCGACACCCAGUGGGUUCCUGUAACUCUAAGCCCAAAUUUCACCUUAAUUUUUGAUGAGUUUCUGAAGAAUCACAGAAUAAAAAAAUAAUAAAAAACCUGUCUGUGUUGGAUGCCAGCAAGUUCACAUGGCAGCAGUGAUGCAUGUUUUUCACAAUUCCAAACCAAAUUUUAACCAUGGCUUUUAUAACAUUCAGCAUUGUAUGGACUGUCAUUGUUAAAGCAGAAAAUGCUCGCAGAGUAGUGAGACCAUGUACAUUUCACAUCUUCUGGGUGCCACAAAAUAUGCAAAACUUAUUCAGAGGAACUUAAGACCCUUUGAAAUCGGGCAACUUUCUCCAUGUGAAUUAUUUCUUUCAGAAUAAAAGUGGAAUACUUCAAAUUUUGAACUUGUGGAUUUUCAUCAGUGGAAUACAUACCAAGUUAAAGACUAACUUAACUCUCUAUAUUUUUAGUCUCUGGUUUCUCACCUAUAACAUAAUUUGGAGUUUUGAAGAAAAGAUACUCUCAGUGCUUUUCUCCUGCAUUGUUAAUCAAAGUGCCUCACAUUUUUUCUACCUGUAACACUGUAGGAUGUAUAUUUAAAUAUUCUUUCCUUUUUUUAAAUUAAUAGCAUUCUGCACACAAAUAUUACUUAAAUUCCCUAAAAUCAGUCAUUUUAUUAAUUCAGGCACUUUUUACUGCACUACUCACCCACUGACUUCAGGUAAAGGGCAAAUAUUAAUAGGAUAACUAUUUAUUAUGUAAUAUAGUUGUUUCUGUGCUUUAAAUAUUGCUAUGUGCCUUAUGUUGAAAAAUUCCAAAGUAAAAUAUCUUUUUAAAUUCUCAUAAGUAUUAUAUAGAUACUAAGAUAGUAGCACUUAAAUUUCAACAGUGUUUUUCAAAAGAGAUAUACCACUGUUUACUGAAAUCUUCACAAUUGUAGUUGAAUGUUGCCAUAUGAAAAUCUGUUAAAUGCAACAAUGUUUAUUAAAUUAUAGUGAAAAGAGGCAGGUUUGUAUCUAGCUUUUUAGUUAUAUAAAGCAAAGCACUCAUCUUGAUGUGUAUAAAUUUUCUUUAAAAUGUCUUACAGCGUCACUUCUCAGCCUUUGGGCUAAGAUCAAGUGUAAAAUGUCUUAGAGUUAUAACCCUUUAUGAUAUGUUAUAUUGACUUUAUAAAUUUUACUUUUUAAAGCAGUGGAAACUUCUAAUACAUUUGAGGAAUUUUAAGGUUGAAGAUAAAAAUUUUCAGUGCGAAGUAUUGUGUUGAAUAAGAAGAAUGGUGCAUUGUACCACCAUAAUGAACAAAAUGACUCAUAAAGUACUGUCUACUUCACUUAAGAGUAGUCCAUACCUUCUAUAUGCACAUAAGUAACUUGGGCUUUGUGUAUACUUUAUCAGUGUGUUUUAAGAAAUCAAAUAGCGGGGCUGAGGAGAUAGCUCAGUGGUCUGAGUGCCUGCCUGACAAGUUCAAGGACCU